ACUCGCUAAAACUCCCUCUCAGUUGUUGUAUGCGCUGCGAUUUACUAACUUCAUCGUAAAAUUGGAGAUGGUUUUAAACAAUAUUUUUGGGGAAAUUCAUGAAAGAAUCUGCACAUUUGUGAUAGAUACGUCAUGGAGUAUGCAGGAUAUGAUACCGAUCAUCAAACGUCACCUGCAAGAGUGUUUAUCUGAAAAUGCAUCAUGCAGACCAGACUUCAAGUUUAAUAUUGUGGCAAGCAACUCGAAGUUGAUUUCAAAAUGGUCAGAUAAGCCAGUGGAAUGCACACCGCAUUCUGUGAAUUCUGCUAUAAGAUGGCUGAGUGAUGUGAAAUGUCAGAAAAAUAAAACUCUCCUGAAAGCAGUGAAAAUUGCAGGAAGGGAAAUGGAACAUGGCGGAAUUUAUUUGGUUUUGAAUGGUGUUGGAGAUGAAGAUCUGAGAGAACAUUGCUUGGUACACCCAGUACACUGUAUCUUGCUCACUUGUGACAAGGAAAGGUAUCCCAGUACAGAAGAUGUAUUUUGUGAAGAUCUGGCAACGUUAUCAAGAGGAAGUUUCCACAUUGUCUUUUUAACUAAUGGUGGAAACGUAGAUAGGGUAAUUGAAGCUUAUAAUUCCCAAAAAUGUGGUCCGGAUGUUCGAACAUGCAGUAUAAAGACAUCUUUGAAUGACACACCUGUGAUAGAUAUUCGACCGGUAUCUGCUCCUCCUCCUGUUGUCACAGUUCCAGCAUAUUAUCCAUAUCCAUAUUACAGACCAUAUCCAGUGGUUGAUCUUGUUGCAAUGCGUGAAGAGUUCCAUAAGACACCGAUAGCAAGUGUUGUUGCAAGAGGAACAAGGGUUCUUGCAAGAAGACAGGAUGGAUAUUAUUACAGAGGAAACAUCGCUCAAGAAGUCGAGAAAAGUCAAUCAGCUUUCAUGGUUGAAUUUGAUAAAACAAAGCGUGGUCCUGAAAUGAGAAUGGAAGAGAUACCUCUGCAUGAUAUUAUUGCAUUGCAUGAUGCUGAAAGACAUUCUAUUGUUCCUGGGGACAAGGUACUGGCUCAAUGGAGUAAUGCUAGAUCAAGGUUUGGUGCAGGAGAUGUUUUAUCAGGAGUUGAAAAUAGAAAAGUUAUCGGAGAUAGGCAUGACAAUGACUUAGUUGUUUCAUUCUGGAAUGGAAAAACUGAGAAAGUAAACAAAGGAGAAGCAAUAUGGAUUCCUGGUCCACUAUAUGACAGGAUUGUGACUGAGCUACAAAUGCCGCUAUCAGCUCGUAAAACAUUCACAGAUCUGGAAAAAUCAACCAAAUUAACACAGCCAGUACUUCAUGAUGACAUACUCGAUGUUCCGUUUAUCGAUCCAUUGUAUCGAGGUCUGUACUACACUUGGUGGAAUCGUGGAUAUUACUAUCUUCCAACAUACCCACUGCUGACAAGUGUACCAACAUAUCUGAGAUCUUGGCCACAUUUUUUAUACCAUCAACCGCAUGUACUUUAUGAAAAAUAUCCAUGGCAGUAUUGCUAUCCUGAAAAUGUUACUUCAUACAAGCGGUAUCCGUUAGAUCAACCAAAAUUUGCUGAUGAUUAUGAUGAUGACAAAAGGCAUAGCAGUGAUGUCGACCUUGAAUUGGAUAAAUUGAAAGUUAAAAGGCAUUCUUCAAGCAGCAGCAGCAGCAGUAGUAGUAGCAGUUCAAGUUCAUCAAGUUCUGAUGAUGAUAAGAAAUACAAAGACUUAUUGACUGAACCUACAUACUUGCGAGACCAAGGAACGAAUACUGAUUAUACUCUCAGAAGUUCAAAGCGAAGUUCAUUUAUUCGUCAUGAACCAGAACCGAGACCAGAGUGGAAAAAAUAUUGGCCGCAAACACCUCAACCCAGGUUUCAUCAUAUUCAUCCAAGCAGACGAACCUGGGCAACUGAGUAUGAUUCUGAAUAUCAACCAGCACAUGUUAGAGGUAUAGAACGAGAUUAUGCAAGAUCAAUGGACAUUGCUGACUGUAAAAGAUUGAAAACUCUAAUGAGAAUUCGAUCAGAUCUUGACAAACAAAGGAAAUACGAAGAACAAAUUCAAAGAACUAUCGAUGCUAAAUCUAAAAUAAGUCAGGCAUUCCGUGGUAAAUUUUAUGAGAAAGAAAUGGAUCACUUGAACAGAAGAAAUCUUCAUCAACAGUGGCUGCAACAAAGAAGAAAUCAAUAUGAAUCAGCUCAUGCAGUAUUAAACAGAGCAGAAGAAAAUCAAGAAAAACUGAGACAACUUGAUCGUCAGGUACGUCAAAUGGCACAUUACCAUGACACUGCAAGAAAUGCAAACUAUGAAGCAGCAGUUGGUGCUAAGAAAAAAACAGCAAUGGCAAAUAGAAGAGCAAGAUUGUUGGAUAUUGAAUCACGCCGUUAUUAAUAAUUUCAAAUGCGAAGUUUUGUAAUUUUAAUCGUCAAGCAAUGAGAAUACUGCCGCGUGAAUUUGCCACUGCACAGUUCACUGAUGAGCAUUACAGUUUAUAUUUCCAAAAUUGAGAAAUUAAGGUCAUGUAUCACUCAUAGAUUAAUCCUGCAUUGAAAUGCAUACAUGAACUCAUAUGCACUUAAAUAAAAUUCAUGGUGCUGCCAACAGGACCUGUUAGAUAAUAUUAUGUUUCUGCCUGAAAAUAUUUUUCAAGUUUAAUAUGGAUACCAUUAUAAUCUUUUAGUUUUAGAAUCAAAUUUCAUAUUUAACAUUGGGUGAUCAAUAAUAAUG